AUGGUGAUACGUGCCAAUGAUUAUGCAAGCGAUUACUUCACUUUAUCGGCUUUAAACCUUAGAAGCACGUUGCCUGUAAACUCACUCUUUCUUAUGUUUCCGUUGAAAGACAAAUAUUGCAAAAUAAAAAAUGAGAUAUUGACAAUAUUUAUUUCUGUCCUCAUAGCUGUUAAGACCAUUGAAGGGAGAUGUCACUUUUAAAGACAAGCCUUUUUUUACCAGCCAAUCAGCUUCUACUUAUGAUGUCAAACCAUUAGCCAUUAGCUAUUGUUUAUUGGAUGCAGUUUUUUUAAUUACAGCCUAAUAUGAGAGACCUAAUUGAAAAAAAAUUAGCAGUCGAAUUGAAUUGAGUCUUCCUAAAGAUUUGUGUGAGUUGUCAUAGUUGCCGAUUUUCUCCACACUUUUCCAUUCCAAACGCAACCCUUUUCAUUUAUUUUUUUUAUUUAAUAUGUCUUUCUUCUAAUCUACCCACGCAUAUAUUUAAUUGAUUUAGGAGUUUCACGCAAUUCUUCUCCAUAUUCCCCCACUCCAACUCUUUUUAGUUUAUUUUGAUGAAAAUCUACCCAAAGUUAUAUCUUGUGAUUUCCAACCAAAUAAACAACUUCAUCAAUUAAACAAUUGAUAUAUCCGCGUGAAAAGUCAAGCGGGAGCACAUGAAUAAGUAUGGAAGUAACGUUCAAUAAAAUUGAACUAUUUACGCUUCGCCGCUAAUAUUUCAGAUAUAAAUAUAAUAUUUUCGCCACUGCAAUUAAACGUCGCGAGAACAAGAGGCAUUCUCCCAAUGAAAAUAUAGUAAGAUUCAAAGAGUCGCUCCAUGAGGUUGACUUGAUCCUCAUCGGGCUUUGAACUCACCGCAGCAAACAAAAUUUCGUAACCUCUUUAACAGUAUAAUCAGGAAUUGCUGUAAUUGAUAUGCGAGAAAAAGACAAGUGGAAACACAUGCACACUAGAGUAGAGUGUGUCUAUAAAAGCUUCUGAAAAACAGCAACAGAUCGAACGCAUUGAUCAGAAAGUUCGUCUGGUCUUCACUAGGCAACCAACUCAACCUAUAUAUAGCAGAUUUUUUUCUGUGCUGAGUUUAAAAAUGCUAAAAAGAUGACUAGUGCAGCAAGUGUCCCACUAGAGGUUAGUUACAUUAUCACUAUAAUCAUCAACAGCGUUUCUUGUCCCUUCACAGUUUUGCUGAAUGUGCUGAUCAUAAAGGCCGUGCUGACGAGUCCUCGUCUCCGAACCAACAGUAAUUUAUUGCUGGCCUGUUUAGCGGUGACUGACGCAUUGACCGGUCUCUUUGGCCAACCUUCGUAUGUUCUAUGGAGGAUAUUCCUGAUAUUCGGUUUCAGUAGCAGUGAAACAGCUAAACAUUUCCAUGCCAAUGUUAUGCAUAUUUUAGCAACUGCUUCGUACCUUCAUCUGAUGUUGAUUACUUUCGAGAGGCUCAUAGCGAUCAAAUUUACAAUGCAAUACUCAAACGUUAUGACAAAUAACAACCUGAAGAUAGCAGUGUCAGCAAUUUGGAUCAUUGGUUUCAUGAAUGGUAUUUUUACAGCGUUAAGAAUGAACCUAGCUCUGUAUUAUUUCGGAAGCCUCAUCACAAUUUCAUGUGUCGUGCUUGUUGCCUUCGCAUAUGUGAUUUUGUAUCAUGAAACCCGCCGCCAUCGAAGGAAGAUAAAAGCACAACAACUGCCCCAAGAGGAAGUGGAAAGAUCUACCAAAGAGAACAAAGCGCUUAAGACAACAGUGUUUGUAGUUGGUGCUGUUAUUGUGAGCCUUCUUCCAGCUGGUUUCUGUUUCAUCGGUUUAGCUAAAGAUCUUUUUGUUACCUGCCCCAUCAAUGAACCACUCUGGCAAACCUGUGUGAUGUUGAACUCACUUGUUAAUCCACUGAUCUACUGCUUUAGACAAAAAGAAAUGAGAAAGGUUGUAUUUAGAAAAAGAACACAGGUCAUAUAUCCAGCCAUGCAGUGUUGAAGAGUAAUGAGUAAAAAGAUUUCAGAAAGUGCUAAUGAUAAUAAUAAUUAGAAUUGUUUAUGUGCACUUUGCUAACCUUUACUUGCAUUUUUCAUUCACCUAUGGACGAAAUUCCUUAGUCAUUGCUUUAUAUGACGAUUGCCUUUUUCAACUGGAUAUCUGAAUCGAUCAUCGUCUGCAAAGGCUGAUUCUCAAAGGACUGCUAAAUGUUUGUGACCAUGGUUUGUGUUUUCUGGUGAUAAGAUUAAGUUCUUAACCCUUUGGAAAAGUAGCAGAUUUGAUAUCAGAAUAAACCCUUUAUAGACAAAAAUUAUCGUUUUCCCGAUUGAUCGCUCUCCUAACGCCAAUCCUUAUUCUGUUAAGAUGCUGGAAUACUCCGUUCAAAGUUUGUUGACUAGUUGUCAAAAUGAUCGAUAUUCUAGAUGGCUCAAAUUUGGCGAUACUUUCACUCAACCGUCGGCUACAUGCCAUUUCCUUGCUGGUGACUGCCAAUUCACUUAGUGGACGUAUUGUCUUUGCAGAGCGCAAAUCCAAACAAUAGCGUAGGGUUUUAUUUCGUCCAACGUGACCCAUGCUAUAAGUGCUGGCUCCAGUCCUAAGGCUACUGUAAAGGCCAACCGAUAGUAAACAUACCGCUCGUUUCUUAAUCAUUAUCUCCACGAAGCAGCAAAAAGUUUUUCCUUGUUAAGCAAAGGGUACUAAAAUAGAUUUUUUUGGCCAAAUUUAAACAAUUUUGUAGCAGUGAUUUUGCCAGUGACAAUGUAUCGCUACUUCCGGCCAAACAGUCAAAUAGCCGCUCACCAGCGCCAUUCAACACACUUACGAGUCAGCAGGACUCAGUGUUGCCUAACAGAGAACUUCGACCAGAAUCAUUGAAGUCCCAGCCAGGAUAAUCUUAUGGUUAUAAUUCUGGCAGAAACAGAGAUUUGCUAUACAUUACCAACCAGCAAGGCAUUAUAACAGUCAAUUUCCCAUGAAAACGUCAAUUAGUUCUGCGGCUCCGUCGCUAGUUAUACAAAGCAGCUAUGCUAGGUUUGGUAUCCCAUGUGUUGUGCCGAAUACCGUUAGUUUUGACUUUGCCACUUCAAUAGUACCAUGCCUGUGAAGUCACCCUCAAUCACGCCUACUUAGCGAAAAAAGAGAAUGACAGCAUUUACUUUUAUCUACCAAAACUGGAAAUACGAAAUCGUUGCUCGUCAAAUGAUUAAGUGCACUUGAGCUUUUAGGCCAACCCCAGUUCAAGAGAGAUGAAGAAACAAAGUAACAGAAAAAGAAACAGUAGGCAUUUAGGGCCUUAAAAUUCUAAUAAAUUGAGCUACAGCUGAUGAAGUCAAGCGAGCUUAAAAGCUACUAGAAUGACGUUUUCAGGUUACUAAGUUAUAAGUUUUCUUAUUUCCAGUGUACACACACACAUUUUCAUUUAAAAUAUUUUUCCUAACCUUGGUAGAAACAAAUAAUAUUUUGCUGUGUGAACAGGUCUCGAAAAUAGUAUGGAGAUUUAUCAGAGGAUGUGGACGUUGUUUAACGGUAGCAAGUUAUUAACUGAAACAUGCCAUGGAAAAACUACUAGAAAAGCAUUUUUAUCUGCAUGAUUUUCCCAAAUACCAAAAACCCUGACAAUAAUAGUAAACUCCUAAAUGCCAUCGUUAUUCUCGGGUAAGCCUCCAGUCUAAUUUAGUAGCUACCUUUCAAUCACUACAAUGAUAAAUAGAGAAUAAUAUAUGGGCGCGCGUAGAUAUGGAAUUUCUCUUCGCGUACUUAACUCGAUAGCCGACUUCAUUAAUGAAUGAAAAUAAAUGUAGGACAAUCCCCGAAUAACAAUCGUAGAAUGUUGACUGUUACAAAAUCAAAACAAUGGUCGUAAUUUUCAAUUUACAAAAUUCUCAUUUAUUGACUUUGUCCUUACCGACAGAAGAAGUUUUUCAGGUAAACGGCCAAAUUGGCCAGUGGCAAAUCCUCCAGUUGUCGAUUUUCAUUCUUAGCCGAGAGAAAUGCCAACAUCAAAGCCACUGAAUACGUAACUUUCGGUUUUUCUUUUAGAAUAUUGGUUUUCUUCCCCUUCUAGGAAAGUUUGAACCUCGUUGUCUGUUAGCGAUACGGAUUUUUUAGUGUUUUAGCCGCCAUAAUUUGAGAAAGCUCCGACAAACAACUUUUAUUGAGAAUCGUGAAGGCUUUGCUGUUUACUCAUCAACCUAACCGAGUGGCGCCAAAGGCGAGUUACGUGUCAGCGGCUGAUUGGCUAUAUCAACACACGUUAAAAAAUACUCUUUUUUCACUUGUGCUGUUACGGCUUUUCUCAGGGCCGGAAAUCCCUGUAUAACACCGCAGUUUAUGUGAUAAUAUCUUUUAACUGGAGUUCAUUUGGAGAGAGUGUGCAAAAGCCCAAGCCAAAUUAAGUAACCACGGUGGCCAAUCAGAGCAAAGAAAAAGGAAACCGAGGAGCUCGAAAGAGUAAGCUGAAAUAAAAAGGCGCACAGUUUACCGCUGGAUAAAGUUUCAAAAUAGCUACCCACUUAACAUGUUGAUUUUCAGGUUUAAUGCUUACUUGAAUGAAACUAAAGAUCAAAUCAUUGGGGAGGGAAAUAUUUGAUGAAUAAAAUUCAAACCCAUAACGGAAAACUGGAAGGUUAUUCUAUGCAAUGUUAAGCCUUUUAAAGUUGAUUGGCCGCCGUAAAGAGUAUAAAAGCUGACGAUUCGAGCGUUAGCCCUUCGUCAGGGCGAUUGGAGAGGUUUAUAUGCAAAACAUGGGACUACGCAAUUGGUGGGAAUAUGGUGACGAGAUAACAAAAAUAAAUUAGUUGAAUGAAAAGCGCUCGUUAAUACCGUGGAGAUUAAGUGUGCCGACGUCAAAGAUAAAUUUUUUUCUAGGGUUUUGCGGCUCUCCGAACUGCCUAGAUGUAGGGAAAAGCCGCAAACUGCAAGCUAACUAUAAUAAGCUGCUUAGAAUUGUUAGGGAGAUUAAAGUGUCAAGCAGCCGACAAAGGCGGCGCAGUCGUUCUUUGGCGGGCCGACCUCUACCAAAAAGAAGCUUUGCGGCAACUUUCUGACACCUAUUAUUAUGCAAAAGUCGAUAGAGAUCCCACUUUUAUUAAUCAAAACAUUGUCAAAAACACGAUUAACGAUCUUUUAGCUAAAUAAGAAUUGCCCGCCACGGCAAAAAAUCUCACCAUCACCACUCCUAGAACUUCGUGUAUAUACUAUUCACCUAAAAUCCACAAGCCAAUCAACCCAGGUCGACUUAUUGACCUAUCUAUUUAGACAAAAUUAUGCCGGGACCUAUCGUCAAAACGUUAUCAUCAUACAUAAAGAACAGCAAACAGGCACUUGAAAUUUUUCGCGACUUCAAUUUCCUUAGCCAAAACAAACUUCUUUUCACUAUGGAUACAAUAUCUCUCUAUACUGUCAUUCCCAAUGAUGAAGGUUUCCAAGCCCUCAAUCAUUUUUUCGAUCAAUGAACUGUUAAGGAACCUAGCUCUGAAACACUACUCUGUUAAGUCAAACUAGUACUAUCACUCAAUUGUAAUUCAUUCGGUGGCAACUACUACAAAUGGGACCCAGUUACGCCAAUCUCUUCGUGGGUUUUAUCGAACACUCAUUUUUCAGUCAACACAACGGCCCCAAAGCUGAACUCUACUGUCGCUAAAUUGACAAUUGCGUCUCUCCUAGAAAGGAGCACACUCAAUUUAUAACCCCUGUCAAUUCCUUUCAAACGGCUCAGAAAUAUACCUCGGAAAUUUCUUUCGUCACCAUGUUCAAAUCAAUAGCAUAGCACCUUUUUCUGUAUAUAAACAAACAACACACAAUUCCUCCAUUCGCUAUAACGAAGGGCUAACGCUCAAACGUCAGCUUUUAAACCUUCACGGUUGCCAAUCUACGUUAUCAACUCAGUUGAUAAUACUAAAUUACCCUGUUACACUCUCCCACCGACGUAGCACCACAGUUUCUUUAGAAACUUACCCCCUAUAUUCUUUUAAAGGAAGAUCUUAGAUUCGUUAUUUUGCCGGAAAAUAGACAUCUGCUAUAAAUUGCCAGUUAGCGUGACUUUAUAACAUUCAAAUUCCCAGGAAAACGUAGAUUUUCCCUUAUAACUAGUAAGUAAGUAAGCAAGUAAGUAAAGUAAAAGCUUUAUUAAUAUGUCAAUGCAUUUAGUUUUCACAACUAAUUGGGGACACAAAAAAAUACAUAAAUAAAUAAAUAAAAAAUAGAUAAGAUAAAAUAGAAUUAUUCACAAAUAGGAAAUUACAAAGGAUGUUUAUAUAAUUCAUAUGAAUAACAUGUAUAAAUUGCGCAAUAAACAGUAGGUAUAUAUAAAAGGUGGUCUCUAAGAGUUACACAGGUUACAAUAGCUAUUGUUGUUGUUUAAGAGUGACGAUAGGUCUUUUUUCCUAAUGUUCUUUUUUAAGGAUUCAAUAUUCAAGGAGCCUUUAAAUUUAUUAUCCAGUUUUGACCAUAUAUGGGGUCCUUGUUAUCUCAGAGAAACUAAUUAUGAUGAUCAGAUAAAUUUGAUAUUAGGGCCCCAUGCUGUGCUAGUUAUAGUUCCUUCACUAUGUAGACACUGAUAUUUCUUAUAGCUUAUGUGUAUAUCUGUGCGAUAGCAUUCCAUGAACCACUUUAUUUACAUAGUACAUUUUGGAGGAAAGCUGGAAGAGGGGCAAUAUAGAACGCCGCGCAUGAUCAGAGUAAAGUAAUGGAAAUUGAACAAACAAGGAUUUCAUGGCAAUUUAGACUCCCUCAUAUACAGAAAUAAGGAAUCAACAAAGGGAAAUGUAUAUUUGUUUCACUGUUAUAGGUAUCAUAUUGAUAUCGUUUCUUUUUAUGUUUUUUGAAAUUCUGAUUGGUACCACCUGCAAUUACACAUGGGGAUCCUGCCAAUCCCACCUACAAACUUUAGCGGAAUUCUUACAAUCCCCGGUGGGACCUUGCCUGUCCUACACGGGAUGCUCUCUGGGGUGUUCUUUGCUUAAACACAACACUCUCCACAGUCCCAGGUAAGAUCCCGGCUGGGGAUACUAAACAUACUCUACAAAAUUCCAGUUAGCAUCCCACGUGGUACUCUUCUGAAAGUUGUGAAUUUAUCCUCGUGAGGACUCUUCCUCUAAUGAGUCCUAGGUGAACUGCACUUUACUCUAUGUGUUUCCUUGUGAAAAACAUUCAACGAGAUUACAACAUUCUGAACAUAGAAUUCUCAUAUAGAAUAAGCCACAUGCCAUUAACUCUGAUCGGUGACAAAACUGUUGACACAAUGACCUUUUCAACCCCCUGUCACUUCAAUUGGAUCUCUUUUGCCCUUGUUAAGUAAACCUAUUCGCCCUCUUCUCUCCCAAAACAAAGUUGUACUGUGAUUCCAUGAACUUUUAGCUACAUGCAGACAACAUUGAAUGGGGGAGGGGAGGGGGGUUUUGUCAAUGGAGUGUGGUAAAGACAGGAGUGUUAUUCUACAUAUAUAGAUAGGGCUCUUUUAACUGAUUUUGACGCUGAUCGUAGCUUGUACUCCAAAAUAGCCUAUCAGCCUUUUAGAAAAUUUCUUAACAGAAAGGUAAAUUUUGAAACGAUUACAAAGCACAUGUUGGAGUACAGUUAUAGACAAGGUAAAAAUUGAUUUUUCGCUGGCUAAAAUGCACUUAGGCACGUACGAUCGAACUUUGAUCUGUGAUCCGAAAGAUCCUAAUUUCAUUUUGAAGUUCAACAGCGAGAAGGUUUCAGAGAAUUACACGCUGUACUCACCAAAUACUUCCAAGUUUGAAGCCACUGCUUUGCAAACAAUAACGUUUACUCAUUCAAUAAUCUGUUUCAAGUUUCAACCAUAACAAAAGUAAAGAGUAAUUACAAAUAACUUUGGUUCUGGUAAACAUUCUUAAAAAUGAAUCGCCGGAAACUUUUGUCAUCGACGAUCAUAAUAAGAAUGCAUAUCAUUAAAUACAACAAAUAUUAUAAAAGGAAACUCCAGCGAAAAAUAUAUUUACAAGAGCAAAAAAGUUGAGGAUCUCAGUUUCUGCAUUACAUAUUCACAUUGAUUAAGGAUUGUAUUUCUGUAGCCAUACAUAGAUUUUCGGCCCUCCUCAGUUAGAGUUUUUUCAUCAAGUUUGGACCUGAUUUAUUCUUUUUUCGCAUUUUUUUUACUUUGGAUGUUAUAAGUGGGAACUUUCAUUACUGACACUAAAAGGAUUAUAGGUAGAAUGGUCAAGAAUUUACUUGUCUUCAAACCUGAAACUGAUAUCCUAUGCUUUCUAUGACGCUUUCGACAUCGCUAAUCCUGCAUUAUGCAGACGCUUCCACCAAAAGUCGAAAUGAAGGCUGUUAGAACCUAUUUCGUGUUUUUUUGAAAGAUUUUCAACUGUUCUAUUUGAGUAAUGGAGUCUGGGUACUCAUUCAGAAGGUUUGCUCGAACUUCGACUGAAGUAAAGUUAGCGAAAAGAACAUUUGAGAGAAGAAAAUAGCAGCGAGAAAGUUGAAGGGGGAAACUUUCAUUUUCUCGCUCGACGGACCAUCGAAUCAUGACUUCCCCGCUCUGAGAUUUAUCUUUCAUAGUAUGAGAGCAGUUCAAAUCUCGCGCGCGCUACGCAGUGUGACUGAGACUUAAUUCUUUGUGUGCAUAAUAAGUAAUGGUAAUAGGACUGAGUGGAGUCCAAUUCGGUCUGUAAUCAUACGAGUGAUAACAAAAUCGGACGACCGCGCAGUGGAAGUCCGAUUUGUUUAUCACGAGUAUGAUAACAAACUUUCCGAUAAAAAAAAGUACACAUAAAGAGGUUGAAGAUACACCGAAAUUUUUUUUCCGAUUACUGGCGAACUUUUUCGCGUCGCUUCGGCCAAAGUCCCUCAGCGCUACAAAGAACAAAAGGACUAUUGUUUAAUACUUAACGUGAAAAGUUGAGCUUGAACAAUAGACCAUUUCAUGAUACGCGGCCUAAAUGUGCUCUCCCUUUCCCCACCUCUUUUUCAUAUUCGAACCUUGCACGACACAAUGCAUAUGUCUAUUUAUAAUUUAAAAACCUAUGACACGUUAAGAAACAAAAUACCCUACGGCUAGUCGUUUAAAAGAAAAAGAAAAAUCAUGGCCGUUUUUUUUUUUCACGAGAAGAUGAACGCCUAUAUUUAUGUAGAGUGUGUACAAAUGACGCCGGUGCAAACUGUCAUGUUUCAAUGCUCAAUGAAACACGACGCGUAAAGAAAAAGAUAAAAACUCAACAGAUGCCUCAAGAACAAGUGAAACAAAUAGUCAGCGAUGGCAAGGCACUUAAGACAACAAUGUUCUUAGUUGCCAUUAUAUUUUGCCUGUUUCCA